CCCGGUGCCGGGGUAACGGCGCUCCCCCGGGCGGGGACGUCCGACAUGGCGGUGGCGCAGCCCCGCCCCGCCGCGCUGGGCGGGAAACCCGGCCGAGCGGCUGAGGGCAGCGCCAUGGAGGCGGUGGACAGCGAGGAGCGGCUCCUGCUCACCCAGUCUUGAUGGUUUACGCAAGAGCGGGUGUAUCGGUCUGCAGAGAACUGACCUGUCGCUGCCCUGGGUCCUUUCAGAGGCUGAAGGCUGCGGUUCACUACACGGUUGGCUGCCUGUGCCAGGAUGUUGCAGAAGACAAAGACAUGCAGUUCAGCAAACAAGCCAUUGCAGCUAUUUCAGAGAUCACCUUCAGGCAGUGUGAUAACUUUGCCAAAGACCUUGAAAUGUUUGCGAGGCACGCAAAACGAAGCACAGUCAAUACAGAAGAUGUGAAGCUUUUGGCUAGAAGGAGCAAUUCUUUGCUAAAGUAUAUCACCCAGAAGAGUGAAGAGCUCGCAUCAAAUAACAUGGAGCAAAAGGAAAAGAAGAAAAAGAAGUCUGGUGCAGCUAAGGGAGCAAGAACUGGGGAACAUCCAGAAGCAGCUGUGACUGAAAGUGAAGAUUCCAACAUGGCAUGAUUUACCUUUCAAGUAACGUCUCUGGUCAUUUUCUCUUAUUAUCCUAAAGGAACCCCAGUUAGCCUAUUAGAGAUUCCUCUUGCAGGUUAGCAACAAUUAGUUGGAUUUUUUUUGUUCCAAAAAUGAAAGGUCUGUUAGAAUUCAGUAAAGCUUACAGCCAAAAUGCCUUAAUUGCUCACAAAAAGGUAUCUUACUGUUAUUAAAAAGAAGAUCCUUUAAAUAAAGCGUUUAAAGCAGAACACUCUCACUGGCCAUAAUACCUCAGUAUGCAAUUCCCUCCAUGCUGCUACUUAGUUUCUCCAGUAAUUGUUUGUCUUCCUCCUUGCUUCCAUUUUUGAUAUUUUUGCUUAGGUAUUUUGAGUAUUUUAGUUUUGUUGUAAUAGCCAUAUCUCUCGCUUGUUGUCUUGACAAUUAAAACUUGUUUUGUGUCACUUUUCA